AUAUGCCUUUUCGAAUCGGUAAGAUCAACAAUAUAGAGAAAUUCGAUCCAGAAUUUUUCAAUAUAUCCGCUAUGGAAGCUCAUACAAUGGAUCCUAUGGUUAGAAUGAUACUAGAGCAUACUUACGAAGCAAUUAUCGAUGCAGGUGUCAAUCCUAAAGAGUUGCAGGGAACAAGAACGGGUCUCAGUGAAAUACCAUAUUGGUGCAAUAGAUCUUUCGUGGCAAACAGAAUUUCUUACUGGCUCGGCACUACUGGACCAUCAUUUAAUCUUGAUAGUGCAUGUAGCUCAAGCCAUUUCGCCAUGACAGAGGCUUACAAGAUGAUCCGGUCUGGAAACUGUGACGCCGCUAUUGUUGCUACCGCCAAUCUAUGCCUCCAUCCUUACGCAAAUUUUGGAUUUUAUCGCCUUGGGGUUCUAUCUUUUGAUGGUUAUUGUAGACCCUUUGAUGAGGAGGGCUCUGGAUAUAUGCGCAGCGAUGCAAUGACAGUGGUGUAUCUGCAAAAAGCAAAAAAUGCAAAGAGAAUAUAUGCGACCUUCGUAUACGGUAAAACAAAUUGCGAUGGCUUUAAAGAAGAAGGUAUCACUUUUCCAUCGUUCAAAAUGCAAAAAAUGUUGUUGGAAGAAUUUUACGAAGAAUGUGGAAUCUCACCUAGUGAGUUAUCUUACAUGGAGGCUCAUGCAACUGGUACCCUAGUGGGUGAUCCUGCGGAAAUUAUGUCUAUUGACCAGACUUUAUGUGCUAAAAGAAACACGCCUUUAUUGAUGGGCUCGAUAAAAUCAAAUCUUGGACACUCCGAACCCGCCAGUGGCCUUUGCCAAAUUGCAAAGAUAUUGUUAGCGAUGGAAACUGGUAUAAUUACGCCUACUAUACACUUCAAGUGUCCGCGAAAAGAGUUAACUGCUAUUAUCGAAGGAAGAAUAAAGAUUGUCACUGAACCAACAGAAUGGGAGGGUGGUUAUGUAGGUGUUAAUUCCUUUGGAUUUGGAGGAGCUAAUUGCCACAUAUUAUUAAAAUCAAAUCCUAAACAAAAAAUCAAUAAUGGAGCACCGAAUAACGACUUACCUAGACUUGUAGUCGUAUCUGGACGGACGAAGGAGGCUGUUAAAAUCAUUUUAGAUGACGUACGAAGUCGAUCUGUCGAUAUAGAAUACAUCUCUCUGUUACACCAUGUUCAUAAUGAUAACAUAGAAGGUCACCUUUAUAGAGGAUACAUGAUAACUGGAUCUAAAACAUCUUAUAAUACAAUUAAUAAAAUAGAGCAUCAAUAUAUAAAGCGGCCAAUUUGUUUCAUAUUUUCUGGACUAGGAUCUCAAUGGUCUGGAAUGACAGGUCGAGCCCUAAUGAAAUUCCCAGUAUUUGCCAAGGCAGUCCAGAAAUGCGAUAUUGUUUUGAGAUCUUAUGGCAUUUUUCUUACAGAUAUUUUAAUAAGUGAUAAUAAAAAUAUUUCCAGCAAUAUCAUUAAUUUAUUUUUAGCACUCGUUGGACUGCAGAUUGGAAUAGUCGAUCUUUUAACAUCCAUUGGUAUAGUUCCGGAUUUUAUAAUCGGUCAUUCCAUUGGUGAACUAAUCUGUGGAUAUGCCGAUGGAUGUUUAACAACCGAAGAAACGAUUCUGUCA